AUGGUUCAAGUAAAGCGGUCUAGCAAUGAGCUCAUCGCCAUCGUCGGGAGUGCCUGUCGAUUCCCUGGCUCCCUCGACAACCCAUCCAAGCUCUGGGAUUUCCUCCGCGAGCCCAAGGACCUCCUCUCCAAGGUUCCAACUAGUCGCUUCAACGCAGACGCAUUUUUCCACCCAGACGGUACACAUCAUGGCACGGGCAAUGUUACUCAAAGUUACUUUCUACAAGAAGAUCCACGGCUGUUCGAUGCGGGUUUCUUCAACAUCAAACCGGUCGAAGCUCACUCGGUUGACCCCCAGCAUCGGAUCCUCCUCGAAGUUGUGUACGAGUCAUUGGAAGCUGCUGGCCAAUCAAUCGAAGCCCUCGCUAAAUCCCAAACCGGUGUCUAUGUCGGCGUUAUGUGCGAUGACUUUAUGGAGCAUGUCCGCCGAGAUAUAGACACUAUGCCCGUAUAUAUGGCGACGGGGACGGCCAGGAGCCUCAUUUCCAAUCGCAUCUCAUACUUCUUCGACUGGCAUGGACCCUCGAUGACGAUCGAUACGGCAUGCUCGUCUAGUCUGGUUGCUGUUCACCAAGCUGUGCAGCUGCUCCGGAGCGGGGACUCGGACCUCGCUGUCGCGGCGGGGUCAAACAUCAUCCUCGGUCCGGAGCUGUACAUCGGCGAGUCUAAGCUCAAGAUGCUCUCUCCCACUGGUCGAUCCAGGAUGUGGGAUGCUGCGGCAGACGGUUAUGCGAGAGGUGAAGGGGUUGCAUGUGUUGUUCUGAAGCGUCUUUCCGAUGCCAUUCGAGAUGGUGACCACAUCGAAUCCGUCAUCCGCGAGUCUGGCAUCAAUUCCGAUGGGCGCACCAAAGGGCUCACUAUGCCCAACGAGUUGGCCCAGGCUGAUCUGAUCACCAGAACAUACAGAAAGGCCGGGCUGGACCCGACGAAAGAAGAGGAACGCUGCCAGUUCUUCGAAGCCCAUGGCACCGGUACCGAGGCAGGGGAUUGCCGCGAAGCCGAAGGCAUCAGCCAUGCGUUCUUCGGAUUCAGCAACAACGAAGCCAGGCCACCCGCCCAAGCUCAAGCUAGCAGCCUCUAUGUCGGCUCAAUCAAGACCGCCAUUGGCCACACCGAGGGCACAGCUGGCCUCGCCGGGCUACUGAAAGCUUCGUUAGCCGUUCAGCACAGCACGAUCCCGCCCAACAUGCUGUUUGAACGGCUAAGUCCCGCAGUGGCCCCCUUCUACAACGGACUGGAGAUCGCCACUCGAGCAAAACCGUGGCCGGGAGUGAACCAAGUCCGCCGGGCGAGCGUCAACAGCUUUGGUUUCGGGGGUGCCAACGCCCAUAUCAUCCUUGAAAGUUACGAGCCCGCGGUUGGCAUAGUCAAGGAUCCUAUCAAAAAUACCAAGCAUCUCGCCACGUUUGCCCCAUUUGUUUUUUCCGCAGCGUCCGAAACGGCACUCGAGGAGAUGCUGCAAGCAUACGCCGUGCUGUUGGGCGAGCGACCGGACUUAUCGCCAGCUGACCUUUCCCACACCCUACACGCAAGACGAUCCGCAUUAGGGGUGAGAGUGGCGUUCCCCGCCUCCUCCUCACCACAACACCUUGCCUCCUCUAUCACGGACCAUCUGGAGCUCGUCCAUUCUCGUCGGCAAGAUAGGGGCGAGCCCGGCAUUAGCAUCGGCGCCAGACCGGUGACGGCGCGUCCCCGAAUCUUAGGCGUGUUUACGGGCCAAGGUGCUCAGUGGGCAUCCAUGGGAAAGAGUCUCAUACAAGGAUCGACCUUUGUCCGUGAUCGCAUCCAUGCUUUGGAGAGCUCUCUGUACGACCUUCCCGUAGCAGAUCAGCCCUCCUGGUCUCUGACCCACGAACUCCUCGCAGAUGCACAAUCCUCACGACUUGAUGAAGCACUCAUCGCCCAACCAUUGUGCACUGCCAUUCAAAUUGUGCUGGUAGACCUGCUUCGUGCCGCCGGGGUCGAGUUUGCAGCCGUUGUCGGCCACUCCUCGGGAGAGAUAGCCGCAGCAUACGCUGCAGGUAUGAUUAACGCCGCGGAAGCGAUUAAGAUCGCCUACUAUCGCGGCUGGUGUGUUCAGCGAUAUGUUAAAACAGAAGGGCGCAUGAUGGCCGUCGGGACUUCGCUCGAAGACGCCAGAGAGCUAUGCAGCUUGGACGAAUUUGUUGGCCGGUUAUCUGUGGCUGCUUGUAACUCCCCGUCUAGCGCUACGCUUUCUGGCGACGCUGACGCCAUCGAGGAGGCGAAGGCGGUCCUUGGAGAUGAAAAGAAGUUCGCUCGAGUCCUCAAAGUCGACAAAGCAUAUCACUCCCACCACAUGGCAGCCUGUUCGAUACCAUACCAACAAGCACUCGACAAUUGCAAGAUCGAGCCCCGACCGCCAUCCAACAACUGCGCUUGGUAUUCAAGCGUGCACGCUGGCGCGUCGAUGGGGGUUACAGCACAGCUACAGUCCCUCAAAGGAGAGUACUGGAAAGACAACAUGCUGCGGCCAGUCCUUUUUGCCCAGGCUCUUGAGGCAGCUGUCAAGAUGGGCCAGGAAGCGCCUUUCAACAUGGCCAUUGAGGUGGGCGCUCACCCAGCUCUGAAAGGGCCUGCAACCGAAACACUCGCAGUCUUGUAUGAAGGAGAACAACUUAUCCCGCCACUUUACACCGGCACCCUACACCGUGGCACAGAAGAUAUUGGAGCAUUGUCUGUCACGCUCGGGUCCGUCUGGAGCCGGUUCACGACGCCCGUUGUUGAUUUCCUCAAGUACGAGACUCUUGCAACAGGGCAAUCCGCGUCACUGAGGCGCGUCGUUCCCAACCUUCCGACGUACAAAUGGGACCACGAUAGGGUGUUCUGGCACGAUUCUCGAAUUUCUCGUGCCACCCGCAACCGUAAGGAUCUCUUCAAUCCCCUCCUCGGCAAGAGGGUGCCAGAUGGCGUGGGCGAUGAGAUGCGUUGGCGGAACAUUAUCCGCCCAAGCGAGCUUCGAUGGAUCAGUGGCCAUCAGCUCCAGGGCCAGAUGGUGUACCCGGCUGCCGCAUAUCUUUCUACUGCCAUCGAAUCAUGCCCCUUUCUUGCAGAAGGUCGGGUUAUAAACACGAUUGAAAUUGAAAACUUCAAGCUGGGCAAGGCACUAGCUUUUGAUGGCAUCAACGAGCAAACCGGGGUCGAGACGGUCUUCGUCCUCUCUGACAUCGAUAAGCGAGGGCUCCAUCACAUCACAGCAAAUUUCACGUUCCACGCUGCCAUCGGCGUUGAGGCCGAUCUGCUUUCGCGCCUAGCAACUGGUCGGCUAUUGGUCACGUUGUGCACGAGUGAUGUUGGCGAGGACACAUGUACGCCCCGUCAUCCGUUUCCGCAGCGACUUCCUGGGCCGUCAGACACCGCCGAAGUGCCGGAGGAUUCUUUUUAUUCGGCCCUUGAGGAACUCGGCUACGAGUAUUAUGACGAUUUCCGGGCGCUCUCAGGUCUGAAACGGAAGAUCAAUUACGGUUCUGCGUACGUUCGCGUUCCCGGCCAUGAAUCGGCCUCCGACGCCGUGUUGCUGCACCCGGCCCUGCUAGACGCGGCCUUGCAAGCAAUCUUCCUCGCCUACUGCUAUCCUGGUGACAAGAGCCUCGAUCAGCUGCACCUACCCACGGGUCUGGACAGUCUAUCAAUCAACACAUCGCUCUGCAGACAAGAUCUAGUCCAAGGGGUCCAACUUCCUCUCGAAUCCUUCUUGACAAAAAACCCCUUGACCACGAACAUUAUCGGUGGAGAUGUUGAUGUCUACGGUCGCGACGGACAAACACCGCUCAUCCAACUGCAAGGUCUCCAAGUGAUGCCCCUAGCUGAGCGGACCAGUGAGGCGGACAGAACACUAUUCAUGGAGCAGGUCUGGGGAGUGAGCAUGCCGGACGGUGCCCUCGCAGCCAACAGCCGGGCUACCCCGACCGACUAUGAGCUUGCUACAAACCUGGAGAGACUGUCCUUGUACUAUAUGAAGAAGGUUGUCCACGACGUGCCGCCAAGUCAGCGCCGCGGCUUGAAGUGGCAUCACGAGGCUAUGUUUAGCUGGUUCGAACAUGUGCUCCGCCAGACCGCAGAUGGGCGACAGCGCUAUGCUAGCGAUCGGUGGCUUGACGAUACUUGGGAUCAGAUCUCAUACAUCGUGGACAAAUACCCCGCCAGCAUCGAUGUCAAGCUCAUGUGUACAGUCGGCGAGAACCUCGCGGCCGUGGUCCGGGAAGAGACUCAAAUUCAGGAGCACAUGUUUCAGGAUAACCUGGCGAACCGGUACUACGUCGAAGCAUUGGGGCUUUGCGAAACUACCGGGUUCUUGUCCCGUGCUGUGGCACAGAUCGUUCACCGCUACCCGCACAUGGAUAUCCUCGAGAUUGGGGCCGGGACCGGCGGUGCGACAAAAUCCAUCAUGGCGGAGAUUGGACGCGCUUUUUCGUCGUAUACAUUUACCGACAUCUCUGCCGCAUUCAUGGAGAAAGCGCAGGAAAUCUUUUCCCACGUAGCCGACAAGAUGGUGUUCAAAACUCUCGAUAUCGAGAAGGACGUGGCCGACCAAGGUUACCAGGAACACUCGUACGAUGUUGUUAUCGGCUCCCUGGUCUUGCACGCAACCAAAAACCUUGACAAGACGCUGCAAGAGACUCGUCGGUUACUCAAGCCCGGCGGGUACCUCCUUCUCAUCGAGCUCAUCAGCAACGACGUUGUCCGUACCGGUUUUACCAUGAGUGGCUUGCCGGGUUGGUGGCUUGGCCGGGAUGAUGGUCGGGAGUACUCGCCUUGUGUGACCUCGGCCAAAUGGCACCAGCUCCUCCUGGGAGCCGGGUUCUCGGGAAUCGACACUAUAACACCCGAGGUCGACAUUCUUCCCCGACCCGCAUCCGUCAUCGUAUCUCAGGCCGUCGACGAACGCGUGAGUGUGAUUCGACAACCACUUAUGCACGCCCGCGAGUCCAACGCUGCCUCGACCGAUAAGGGGGACCUGGUAAUUAUUGGCGGGCAAAGCCUAACGACGGUGUUACUGAUCGACACAAUCAUGGGUCUAACCCAGCAAUUUGAGUUCCAGACCACUCGCUUCCUGACACUAGAGGAAGUCGCCAUUGCGACUAGUAUCUCCCCCACGGCCUUGGUCCUGAAUCUGGCUGAACUAGACCGGCCCAUCUUCUCCGACCUCACGGAUGAAUCCAUGCGAGCCAUACAGAAUAUGGCGGACUAUCAACGGACGAUUCUCUGGGUGACACAAGGUGCGCGUGCCGAUGAACCGUAUAUGAACAUGAGCUUAGGACUUGGCCGGUCGGUAGUCAUGGAAAGCCCUGGUAUCUGCAUCCAAUUUCUCGACCUCGACUAUUCACAGAAACCCGACGCGAGGUUGGUGGCAGAAACGCUGCUCCGUCUCCGAUUCACACGGAACGAAACUUCUGUUCGCGGCGUGCUCUACACAACAGAGCAAGAAAUGUUCGAGGAGGGAGGUUGUAUCAAAAUCCCGAGAAUGCUACCGAUGCAACCUGCAAACGACCGAUACAAUGCGUCGAAACGAUCCAUCGUACAGGCCAAAAGUGCCUCCGAGUGCCCCCUGAUUCUUGCCAGGCCCAAUCAGGCUCGAGGCUACACUUUCCACCAGGCACCGCCUGAACACCAUCUCCAUCUUGACGCCGGCCAGGUCCGGAUUUCCGUCACGGCAUCCACUUUGCUGCCCGUUGUACAAGGCAUGCAUGGUAUUGUUGGACUGGACCCGCACGCCGACGCUUGGGUUUUGGGAUUCUCGCGUACGAAUGGCUCUUGUGUCACUGUUCAACAAGAACACCUGGUUCGCUGGGGCGGUGCACAAAACGGAACAGGCUCGGACGCUCAAGAGCGACUCCUCGCCCUGUUGACCAUUGAGGCAAGAUGCAGCCAAAUCGCCCUUUUCAUGCCAACGGCGGGGAGCUUGGUUGUAAACGAGCCACCCGCGGACCUAGCAUUGCGGCUGUUUGAUCAGGCAGCGGAAAGAAACACGAACGUGGUCUUUACUGUCCCAGCUGCAGGCGAUCUUCCGGACCUUCCCAGCGAGAGUGUGGUAGCAUUGUCUUUAACUACUUCAAGGCGAGCCGUUCGUGCAUCUCUUCCCCCUGAUAUCUCCCUAUUCCUUGACUACUCCAAUAAUUCCGAAGGGGCCGGAAUUGGCUCGCUCGUGGCAUCAUGCAUGCCUCCAACGUGUCGGCACAUCACCCUCGCAACGCUGGGACCGCCCCUGGCAAUGCCGUCAGUCUUGUCACCCACACCGUCAGCUGAUAUACCGGAUCCGUCCACCCCCACGGUCUUGAACUGGAAGUCAGAGGAUGAGGUUCCCGUCAAACUACAGUCAGUCGAUAGCAUGAUCCAACUCGAUGAAAGCAAAUGUUAUGUUUUGUUUGGCUUGACGGGCGACCUGGGACGCUCCGUGGUUGACUGGAUGGGAUCCCAUGGUGCAAAAAACGUAGUUUUGACGAGUCGUCAUCCUAAUAUCGACACCAAGUGGCUGGAUGAGUGCCACAAAAGGGGUAUGCGUGUUGAGGUGUUUGCUAACGACAUUACCGACGAAACCGCGGUUGAAGAGCUCGUCGGUAACAUACGCCGCUCAUUCCCACCCAUUGCAGGAGUCAUGCAUGGCGCAAUGGUGCUCGAGGAUGGCCCGUUCUCGGAGAUGUCAUUCGAGGCCAUGACCAAGGUCCUACGCCCUAAAGUUCUUGGGACCAUCCACCUCGACCGCCUGUUCCGAGAGAACACCCUUGACUUCUUUGUCUUCUUCUCUUCGCUCGCCUCUGCCGUCGGAAAUCGAGGACAGGCCAACUACAGCGCCUCCAACAUGUAUAUGACGGCCAAGACCUUUGAGCGCCAGCGGAGCGGUCUAGCCGCCUCGGUUCUACACCUAGGAGCCGUCAUGGGUGUAGGGUAUGUGUCUCGCGAGUCGAGCCGGAGCAUGUCCGGUGAAGCUUUAUUUUCAAUCGUUCGCCGCGCAGGGUUUGACCAAAUGGACGAACGUGCUUUCCAUCAGUGCGUCGCCGAGGCCAUCCUGGCUAGCCGCCCGGAUUCCAGCCGCAACCCCGAGAUCGUCACGAGCGUGCGCGUGGUUAAUGUCGACGAGGAAGUGUCGGUCCCAUGGACGGAUAACCCGCGGUUUUCCCACUGCAUUACGCGUGGUAGCACAAACGCCGAAGCAAAGAGGACACUGGGCGGGUCCAUGGCUGCUGUUAAACCGAGGUUACUCGAAGUAAGAAGCGUCGAGGAAGCUAUUACAGUCAUCACCGACACCUUCGUGCAAAAGCUGCAGGUCAUGCUCCAGAUACAGCUACAAAGCGACGACGACCGUUCCAACUUCCUCACAGCCAACGCUGAGGAGACGGGUAUUGACUCCCUUGUCGCUGUCGAAAUUCGCUCAUGGUUCCAAAAGGAGAUGGAAGUUGACGUGCCCGUCCUCAUGAUCCUGGGAGGAGCUACAGUUGCAGAACUCAUCACCUGUGCUGCUGAGAAGCUACCGGCCACCCUAACUCCAAACAUCGGACAAGAUUCGAGCAUUGACGUUAAGGAGAAGAUACACGAUAUUGACCUCAAAUUGCCGGUCACCGCCCCCUUCACCCGAAGUUCCGACAUCUCGACGACAUCCGGUCCAUCGCAGAGCGAAGAUGUUGACGACCGUACGUCAACAUCUCGCAAGAGCACUCCUCCUCCUGAGCAGGAACCAAGCCCAGCGCCCAUGGUAAAUGACACUGACAAGCCUGGAAGGAACACAAACCCCGGACUAGACAGGUCCGGCCCCUUGAGUCUAAUGACACAACCAACCCGUGCCCAGGAUUUGGACCUUGAAAAAACGGCACCCAUGACACUCGGACAGUCUCGAUUCUGGUUUCUGAGACAGUAUAUCGAGGACCAGACAACCUUCAACGUCACGCUUUCGGUUCGGCUUCACGGCCCUUUGCAAGUGACAAGGUUGGAAGCGGCAGUUCAUGUCCUAGGUCAGCGCCACGAAGCUCUCAGAACAGCCUUUGUUGUCCAGGAGGGACAACAGAUCCCGGUGCAAGGCAUCCUCAAGAAAUCGCUUCUCCGCAUUGAGAGGAAGCAAAUAAGGGACACUCACGACGUUUCGCAGGCCGUGGAAGCAAUGAAGAACUACGUCUUUACGAUCGAACGAGGCGAGUCCAUGCGAAUAGUUCUCUUGGCCCUAGGUCCGCGAGAUCACUUCCUCAUCUUUGGGUAUCAUCACGUCAACAUGGACGGUGCAAGCAUGGAAGUCUUGCUGGCCGAUAUGGGAAAGUUGUACACUGGCACACCUCUCCGUUCUGAACCUUACCAAUACCCUGCCUACGCCUUGCAACAACAACUUGAUGUACAGCUGGGAAAUAUGGAUAGCGACAUCACAUACUGGAAGCGGGAGCUAACCACCUUGUUCCGCCUGCUCAACGUGAGCGACUUCUGCAUUGGGACUGCAGACGCCAACCGCUUCGAGGGCGACCUAGCCACGAGCAUCGGUAUGUACUUGAACCUCUUAGCGUUGAGGUUUCGCCUUUCCAAGGGGCAGAGCUUCCAAGAGACUCUGAAGGACACCCGCCGCACUGCGUACGCGGCCAUGGCACAUUCGCGUGCGCCGUUCGACCUCGUAUUGGACAGCCUCAAGAUUGCAAGGUCGACACUGCACAGCCCCAUAUUCCAAGCCUUCAUCAACUACCGGGCCGGGGUGGCUGCACAGCGGACCAUGGGAGACGUGGAGGGCCAGACCGAGGAAUACAGCAUGGGCCGAACGGCCUACGACAUCACGCUGGAUAUUAUGGACGACCCGCACAGCGGGCCCCGUCUCACGCUCCUGACCCAAAGCUCUCUGUACUCCGAGCAAGACGCUAGCUUGUUUGCGGAUAUAUAUGUCCACUUACUCGACUACUUCGCCUUGGAACCUGCGUCAAGACUGGACGCAGCACCCGUCUUCACACCAGAGAGCGUGGAGAAGGCUAUAAAGCUCGGUCAAGGUCCUCCCAUCGCUUCUGAGUGGCCGGAAACCAUUGUUCACCGGGUUGACGACGUUAUCCGACGGCAUCCCGACACCAUCGCCGUCAGAGAGCCGCUCACAGGGCGAGUAUGGAGCUUCCAGCAGUUUGGAAACCGAACAAUGGCCAUCGCAACAACGUUGCUCGCCGCCAACGUGACCAAAGGAGCGCGGGUAGCUGCAUUUCUGGAACCGGGUCUCGACUGGAUUUGCUCCGCCUUGGCUGUCAUGCGCAUCGGUGGCACAUUUGUUCCCCUUGACGUCGGGAUACCCCCGGCGCGGUUGGCGGCCAUGGUUGAGGCCGCGAAACCGGCCAUGGUCCUCUUCCAUGACGCGACACUAUCCCAGCCGGCCGGAUUAGCAGCGGUCCAAGACGGGCCUCCUCAGACCAUGAAUGUCUCUCGAACGAUCGCUUCCCUUUCCUUUGAGCAUCAGCGACACGACGUUCCCAUCAUGGCCCAAGCGAAAGACCCUGCCAUAGCCUUCUUUACCAGUGGUUCAACAGGGGUCCCCAAGGGCGUGAUACUUUCCCACGACGGAUUCCCAAACCUGAUGGAACACACGUGCAAUAUUCGUGGGCCUGAAGUGGUACUCCAGCAUAGCGCACUGGGGUUCGAUUUCGCAACCUGGCAGUGCUUCGCGGCCCUCGCAUAUGGUGGCACGCUGGUCGUCGUGCCGCGGGCCAUGCGCGGGGAUCCCAUCGCUAUCACCACGCUAAUGGCUGAGGAGGGUGUUACCUGCACGGGUGCUACGCCAUCCGAGUAUCUGAGCUGGAUUCAAUAUGGUUUUCCCAAGCUCACGCAAUGCAAGUCGUGGCGAAUUGCCGCGACGGGCGGCGAGCACUGCUCGUCAAAACUAGUUGACGACUUUAGAAAACUGCAGCUGCCCGACCUCCACCUGUGGAACAUGUAUGCCCCUUCAGAGGUCACUGUGUCGAGCAACCAAGUCGAGAUAGACCUCGCAAACCCACUCAAUGGGGUGGUUACUGUCGGUCAAACGAUGCCCAACCGCUCCGUCUAUAUCCUGGACGACUUCGUCCAACCCGUCGGCCCCGGGGUCCCGGGCGAAGUCGUGAUUGGUGGACUUGGUGUCGCCCUUGGAUAUCUGAACGAUGACGACCUUGCAAACGAGAAGUUCCUUCCCGACCAUAUCUCGCCGAAUACUAACGCCAAAGAAAACGGGCUGGCAAGAAUGUACCGAACCGGAGACAGAGGCCGAAUGCUAGCAAAUGGGGAGCUGGAGAUCUUGGGUCGUAUCGACGGGGAUUCCCAAAUCAAGCUCCGCGGAAUCCGCGUGGAGAUGCAGGAUAUCGAACAGCUGAUCCUUCUCAACUCUCACGGCGGGUUGGGGAGCGUAUGUGUUACGGCACGGGGCGCACAGCCAACCUUGGUUGCUCACGCGGUGUUCCGAGCAGACUGCACGGUGCCAGAUCAAGACCGCAAGGAUUUUCUGCAUCGAUUAGCAACAUCUCUCCCUCUACCGCAGUACAUGCAUCCCGCGGUCAUCAUACCCAUUCCUUCGAUGCCCCUAACCCCUCAUGGCAAACUAGACAGACAGGCGGUACAGAGGAUGUCGAUCCAGGCAGAAACCAUCGGCAUACGGCAACCGCUGAUCGUGACCCCCGAGCUUGGAGAGAGGGAACUCCAGCUCCAUAGGGUCUGGGGAAAAGUCAUCCCGAAAGAUGUCCACUCUCUCUACAAAGUGGGCAGAGACACUGACUUCUUCCAUGUCGGGGGCAACUCGAUGCUGCUCGUCAAACUACAACAUCUCAUCCACCACGAGUUCGGUGUAAAACUGACCAUAAUGUCUCUUUUCGAAGCCAGUACUCUGGGCGCUAUGGCUGCCGCUGUCCACGACGCGUCUGUCACCAGCGCCGAUGCGCCGAUCGACUGGGAAGAAGAGACCGCCUUAACCAAGGACUUGAUCGACGCAGUUCCAGCCCAAGAAGCCACCGUCAAAGCCAGAGACAGUGGGAUGGUCGUCAUUCUAACAGGUGCAACUGGCCUCAUCGGCCGCGAGCUGCUUGUUCAACUCAUUGGAUCCCCUGAUAUCUCUCAUGUGCACUGCAUCGCAGUCCGCGAGCCUUCAAGGCUUGCCGACUUGGAGUCAUGUCCGAAAGUUUCCGUUUACAAGGGUGAUCUCUCCUCACUAGACGAUCUGGACGACCGACCUUUUUUGUCUGCGCACGCCCUGAUCCACUGUGGUGCAGACGUAUCCUUUCUCAAGUCAUAUGCUACGCUCCGCAGAGCGAACGUCGGCUCGACAAAAGUCUUCGCGAGUCUCGCUUUGAAGCACGGCCUCGACUUUCACUACAUCUCCACGGUUGGGACCGGGCGCUUGCUUUCCAAACCGGUUGCGGAUGGUUCAAGCAAACAAGGAGAACUACCAGCUGUCCCCCAGGACAUAUUUGGGGAACAAACGGUCGCUGCGCAUCCUCCUCCGGCGAACUGGCAGGAUCACUACGUCGCGAGCAAGUGGGCCAGCGAAGCAUUCCUAGAGCGCGCGGCGGCCCGGCUUGGACUUAGGGUGUGGGUACAUCGGCCGAGCAGCGUCACGGGCGCCGGGGUGGGCGAGACGGACGUCAUGUCAUCCAUGCUCCGAUUUUCCAACAGGCUGAGAGCGGUCCCGGUUUCGGCACACUGGAAAGGCGCGGUGGACUUUGUGCGAGUCGAGACAGUGGCUAGUGGAGUUGUGGACACUGUGGUUCGCCGCGGGGAGGAAGAUGUGGUGCCUAGUGGUGGUGUAAAGUUCUUACAUCACAGUGGGGAUGUUGUAGUUCCCAUCGAGGGACUGAAGGAGCAUCUGGAGGCGGAGGGAGGGGCCGAGUACCAAACGGUUCCGCUGGGAAAAUGGGUUGCCAUGGCCGUAUCCGAGGGGAUGAAUGUACUGGUGGCGGCAUAUUUGGCUGCGGUUGACGCGUCGGAUUCUGACAUUGUUUUUCAGUCCUAUAUCAAGGACUCGAAGGGGGUUUAACUUUCCCACUCAGUAAGGAACGUAUUUCUUUCACUCUGAACGCGAUAUAUUAGAACAUCACGCUUGGCUGGCCGAUUCUUCACUUGAAUGGGAAGCCGUCAGGAAUAGGCAUUGGUCUAACAAUUAUUGAUACCUAAGGUACCUACCUUACCUACCUUAGGUAAUUAGGCAAUAACCUG